AUGGGAAAGUUUUCUGUGUUGUUUUGUUUUCGCAUACUGGUAAUCUUUGGGUGUCUCGGUAUUGGCUCUGCAAUGGAGGAAGAGAUUGGGAUAUAUCAGCUUAAAAAUGGAAACUUCACUAUGAAGCUUACUAAUUACGGUGCACGCAUUGUCUCCCUUGUUCUCCCUGAUAAACAUGGUAAGCUAGCUGAUGUUGUUCUUGGCUUUGAUACUAUUACGGAAUUCAUGAACGCUUCAUCACCCUUUGGAGCCACCGUGGGACGGGUUGCCAAUAGAAUCUCUGGUGCUCAGUUUACUUUGAAUGGAACUCGUUAUAAACUACCUGCUAAUUCAGGGAAUAACACUAUUCAUGGUGGCCCUAUAGGAUUCAGUAAGGUUGUCUGGAAAGUGAACAAGUACAGCCCAGAAGGUCAUACUCCUCAAAUUGUCUUUGCCUAUCACAGCUUUGAUGGUGAACAAGGAUUCCCUGGUGGUCUCCUUGUAAUUGCCGCCUACAAGCUCCUUGGAGACAAUCAAUUUUGUAUAACAAUGGAAGCAAAAGCUCUAAACAAGGCCACUCCGGUUAAUCUAGUCAACCAUGCCUUUUGGAACCUUGGUGGCCACAACAGUGGUGAUAUCUUGUCAGAAGAAGUCCAGAUUUUUGCUUCGCAUUACACUCCUGUUGACAGUAAGCUCAUUCCUACUGGAGAAACUGUGACAGUGAAAGGAACACCCUAUGAUUUUCUCAGACCCAACACAAUCGGAAGCAGGAUCAACGAACUCACUAAUGGCUAUGACAUCAACUAUGCACUUGGUGGAAGUGGAAACAACAAGUUGAAGAAAGCAGCAAUUGUGCAUGAUAAGAAGUCUGGAAGAGUGAUGGAGGUAUUAACAAAUCAACCUGGUGUGCAGUUCUUUACAAGCAACACUUUGAACCUGAAGGGAAAAGGCGGUUUUGUGUAUAAACCUCAUGCAGCUCUAUGUCUCGAGACUCAAGGAUUUCCUGAUUCAGUUAACCACCCCAACUUCCCUUCACAGAUUGUGAAUCCAGGAAAGUCCUAUGAGCAUUACGUGCUGUUUAAGUUUUCGACCAACUAG